CUCUCUCUCUCUCUCUCUCUCUCUCUAUUUGGAGCUGAUGUGAGAGGUAGGACGAAGUCUCAGACUGCUGAAGUUCCUCCUUUAGGGAUUUUUUUGUGUAAAGUUUAUAAGUGACUUUUCUUCUAAUCAAGCGCGCGCGAUGGCCGGUCUGAAGUACCUGACUGGUUUUGGGAACGAGUUUGCCUCUGAGGAUCCUCGCUGUCCUGGAGCUCUACCUGAAGGACAGAACAGUCCUCAGGUGUGUCCAUAUGGACUCUAUGCUGAGCAGCUCUCAGGCUCCGCCUUCACCUGCCCACGAGGAACCAAUCAGAGAAGUUGGCUGUACCGGAUUCUACCUUCUGUUCAGCACAAACCCUUCACUCCCAUCACCUGUGGAAACCUGACUGAAGACUGGAAUGAAGUGGAACCUGAUCCCAAUCAGCUCCGUUGGAUGCCGUUCACCAUCACCAAUGCAGUGGAGAAGAUGGUGGAUUUUGUGGGGGGUCUGAACACAAUCUGUGGUGCAGGAGACUCGAAAUCUCGCAAUGGGAUCGCCAUCCACAUCUACACCUGCAACACCUCUAUGAUUGACAGGUGCUUCCAGAAUUCGGAUGGAGAUUUUCUCAUUGUUCCACAAAAAGGUGAACUCUUGGUCACCACUGAGUUCGGAAAGAUGAUGGUGAAGCCGAAUGAGAUCUGCGUCAUUCAGCACGGGAUCCGUUUCAGCGUGGACGUGUUUGGCGAGAGCAGAGGCUACGUCCUGGAGGUUUACGGCGCUCACUUCGAGCUGCCUGAUCUCGGACCUAUAGGAGCUAAUGGACUCGCUAAUCCCAGAGACUUCCUGACUCCCGUGGCUUGGUUUGAAGAUCGUACCGUAGCCACUGGUUACACCAUCAUCAACAAGUACCAGGGAAAGCUGUUCUCCUGUCAGCAGGACUUUUCACCUUUUAACGUGGUGGCGUGGCACGGAAACUACGCUCCCUACAAAUACAACCUGGAGAACUUUAUGGUCAUCAACUGUGUGGCUUUCGACCACGCUGAUCCGUCCAUUUUCACCGUCCUGACGGCCAAAUCCACUCGUCCCGGCGUGGCCAUUGCGGAUUUUGUGAUCUUCCCACCUCGUUGGGGAGUCGCCGAUCACACCUUCAGACCCCCGUAUUAUCACAGGAACUGCAUGAGCGAGUUCAUGGGAUUAAUAAAGGGUCACUAUGAGGCGAAGGAGGAAGGUUUCCAGGCUGGAGGAGCGAGUCUUCACAGCAUGAUGACUCCUCACGGCCCCGAUGCUGACUGCUUCAACAAGAACAGCACAGACAAGCUCAAACCCGAGAGAGUCGCUGAGGGAACCAUGGCCUUCAUGUUCGAGUCGUCCUUCAGCAUGGCGGUCACUAAGUGGGGGCUUGAGACGUGCCAGCGUCUGGACAAAACUUACUACAAAUGCUGGGAGCCUCUGAAGAAACACUUCAACCCAAACUGGAAACCUGGCAGCAUGUAAACAGGCUUUAAUUCUCCACUGUAAUUACCCUGGAGCCAUGUUUUCUCCUCGUCCUAUAUACGAUUAUAUACACAGACUGCAUGGGAAAUCUUACAGUGUAGACGUGUGGAGUUUCAAUAAAAUCAACCCUGACAUGAAAGAAAAACA